GGCGCCUUCCACCAUAAAAAGGGGGCGGCUAGCAGGUCGGCGUUCUUCGCGGGCGCAUGCGUGAAUAAAGGUUCUGGCACUUAAUGAACGCUUCUGUUUUGAGAGGCUUUUGAGCGUCCGGGUGCUGUUUUGGAGCCGAGAUGGCUUCCCGAAGGAUGAUGCGGGCGUCUAUUGAUGCCAUCAUGCAAGCCAAGUCGAAACAGUACCAUCUAGACGGAAGUGAUCCCAUCGAUGAAGCCCUCCGUCAACUUAGAGUUAACUCAGAGACCCCAUCAGGAGCCCAGUAUGAAUCCGAUGAAGAGGAUUUACACAGGGAUGGGAAGUAUCGUCGGUGCGACUGGCUUGAAGAGGCAAGAGAAGACUUUUCUCUGACUACCUACCAACCUUGCGACCACAUCCCUGAGGACGAUAGUUACUACACUAAGAGCUACACCCAGCCAUCUACACGGACCCGAGACUACAGCCAGCCCCCUUUGCGUGACCGAGAAUAUGGCCACUCGGCCUCGCUGGAAAGGAAUUACAGUGGCUCUUCUUCCCAGGACCGGGACUAUGCUCGUUCUGCCUCCUCACGGGAGCGGGACUACAGCCGCCUCACAUCUCGGGAAUCCUCCCGGCGGCGUGAGAUUGACUAUGAGUCUCAUGAACUGCUGAGCGACUUCAGAUCACCUGGGCUUUUGGAAGAGAACUAUGGAGCCUCGAGCAGUCAGGAUUACAACGCAGAGCACAGCCUCAAGUCCAAGAGAGAAUUCACCUCCGCUUUGCCAGCUGCCAGGGGAAGGGGCCUGCAGGCAAAGGCACGUGAUGCAGCACACAGCAAGGGGCUCCUAGCGACCCCUGGCAAGAAGUGGGAGUCCAGAAGCGAGUCUCAAGCUGACAAUCCACUAGUGGACCCCCAGGACCAGCCGAAGCCAAGAACCAUGCCUUCUCCUCAUCCCCGGCAGAAUCUGAGGACAAACCAGGGUACCCAAAGGGGCAGCCUACUGCAGCAGCCUGUAAAACCUCUGGCGUACUCCCGAGAGAAGGAGCCCAGCCUGGAACUUGUGGACCCUUCCGAUAUCUUCGCCACAUUUGGGAUCGAGAUCAUUAAAUGGGCUGGCUUCCACGAGAUCAAGAGGGACCCGGAAUAUUCCGAGCUUUUCCGGGUACUCUUCACCCUGGAGACAGAGACCUGUGCCAAGAUGCUGGCCUCCUUCAAGUGCUCCCUGAAGCCAGAGCAUCAGGAAUUUUGCCUGUCCAGCGUCCGGACGCUGCAACACGCAGCGCUGAGGACACCCAAAGUGGACAGCCAGUUCCUGAACAUGCUGUUGGAGAAGAGGGUGGUGCUGACCAAGAACUGCUUCUUUGAUGUGAUCAAGCCGUUUGACCGAUACGUGAUGCGGAUGCAGGAAUACCUGCUGAGGAGCAGCACCCCUUUGCUCAUGGCCUGCAACGCCUACGAGCUCAGCAUUAAGACGAGCAGUUUCAGCAGCUCGGCACAGAUGGCCGCUGCUUUCGAGAGCACGGUCUCCCUCUGCCGCAAAUCCCUGGCCCUCCUGGGGCAGACCUUUGCUCUGGCAAGUUCAUUCCGGCAGGAGAAGAUCCUGGAAGCCCUUAGCAUCCUCGAGUCGGCCCCGUCACCCACGUUGUUCCCGAAUUUUGACACCUCAGCACUGUUUGGAAGGGAGUACAUUGAGCAUCUGCAGAGCUGGCUCGAUACAAGCGGCUGCCAGAUGCACCUCAAGAAAGCAGGUGCUAGUCCUCCUGCGCAGACCCAACGGAACGCUGCAGAAAGCAGGCCCAAGGCUAAAAUCCCCCAACGUGCUGAUCGAAAAGUUGUUGAGACAAUUGAAAAACUGGUCAACGCUAUGAUUUCUGGCAUGCUGAAAGGAAAGGAGAAAACAGACUUAAAUGCAAACCCAGAGUACUGGUUUUUGCACGAGGAAGAGAGUCUGGAGUACAAAUAUUACAAGCUGAAGCUGUCCGAGAUGGAAAGGCUCAUGACGGCAGCCAGUGAAGGUGCCAAGCAGAAGACCCCCAGGCAGCAGACGUCGGACACCGUGAGGGUCCUACUGCACGCCAGGAAAGUUGCCAGCAUCAAGAAGAAGCUGUUCCGCAGAAAGAAGCCCAGCCUCCUGCAGCGGGCGGUGAGAACCAGGAAAAUGAAGACCACCACCACCGGGACCCAGACACAACUGUCGGCUGGGACGAUGGUGAAGCUGCCACACAGCGUGAAGGAGGUGCUGGAGAACGCGUCCUCAGGGAGAGCUGCCCCUGCCCCUCCUGGCCCAGAAGAGGCACAGCCCUUGCGGGAUGAUUCUGGCCCUCAGGGCUUGCCAGGACGUCCAGAGAGCUGCCCGUCCUUGAGGGGCCAGUUUGCUGAUGUGGACCCCAAAACAAUGGAAACUGCUCAGAAGCUUGCUGAGUUUGUGGCUGAGGUUGGACCAGAAAUCGAACAAUUCAGUAUCGAGAACAGUGCAGAUAACCCAGAUCUGUGGUUCCUGCAGGAUCAGCAGAGCUCCGCCUUCCAGUUCUACCGCAUGAAGGUCCGCGAGCUGUGCCCCUCCAUCAGUUUCGGCACCCGGCCAGAACCCGCGAAGGCCUUGGAGCCUGCCACGCCUGACUGGGAGAACUCGGGUGAGACGGAUGAGACCCUUCCCACUGACGUGGAGGAAGCGGACGACGAGGAAGAGACGGCGACGACAGGCGAGGAAACGGAAGAAGAGCCCACGGCGAAAGCGGAGGCCCCGCCGGCCGCUGAGGGAGAGCGGGCCAGCACGGUGUGCGGGGUGGCUGCCUCCGUGCAGACCCCCCUGCAGGUCCCUCCCCAGGGCACCCCCUUCAGGCGCAAGAGGGUCAGCAGCAAAUCCCUGAAAGUUGGCCUGAUUCCUGCGUCGAAGAGGGUCUGCCUCAUCGACGAGCCCAAAGUCCACGACCCCGUCCGGAUCGCUUAUGACCGACCCUGUGGCUAUUCGCCAUAUAAAAAUAGGAAGAAAUCAAAGGACUUGGAAUUCCAGCACAAGAGGCUGAACCAGAAGAACAUUGGCUUCCAAAUGCUCCAGAAAAUGGGCUGGCAAGAAGGACUGGGCCUCGGCCUACACGGCAAGGGCAUCACGGACCCAGUGAAAGUGGGCUCAACCUCAGCAGGGGAGGGUUUGGGUGUUACAGGGGAAGAGAAGAAAGAAGACAGCUUUGCUUCUUUCCGUCAGAGGAUGAUCCAGAUGUACUACUUGAAAAGAGCUAAUAAAUAGUUUUUCAGGGAUUCUGUAAUGAAGAUCUCCAAGCACCCAAGAGUCCUAUUCACUCGUGUCACUAGGGCCUGUGUAUUUCUCCUGUAUCCCUUUUGGUUUGGAAUGUCAUCCAUUAUUUUUUUAUUUUCAUGCUCCUCAAGCAUAAUUGAGGCUUUAAUUUUUUUCUACUGUGGCAUUGAACAGUAUUGACAAGGUAAUGAAUAGAAUUUUGUUAGUCACUGGAUGAGUGGACAUUUCUUAAUGUUUAAUGAAAUGUAAUCCUUUUUCCUUUUUUUUGUGCACAAUAAACAUAUAUGAAAAAACAAUCCAA